UCUAGCUCUCAUGAAGCUAGCCGUUGCCAUCGCUGUGUGCUAGCCACGGGUUUUAUACGGGUAUUGUUACAAUGGGAUCCAAAAGACGACGAGCCACCUCUCCCUCCAGCAGCAUAAGUGGAGGGGACUUUGAUGAGUCCACUUCAUCCACCCCAGGUAGCGCAUAUAAGAGAAGAAGAGCUUCCAGUGGCCCGGGUAUUGAUCAGAUGUCAGUGUGCCAGGAGUUGUACAGCACUGUUCGAGAUCAUAAGGAUGAGCAGGGCCGAUUGCUGUGUGAGCCUUUCAUUCGUGCCCCAAAGAGAAGGAACCAGCCUGACUAUUACGAGGUGGUGUCCCAGCCCAUAGACCUGACUAAGAUCCAGCAGAAGAUCAGGACUGAAGAGUACCAGGAUGUGGACCAGCUCACGGCAGACCUCCAGCUCAUGAUUAGCAAUGCAAAGACCUACUACCCGCGUGAGAGUACCGAGUACAGUGCAGCCUGCAGGCUCUGGGAGCUCUACCUGAGCGCGCGGAGCGACCUGCUGGGGGAGCAGGACGACGGGGACGGGGACGGUGAUGAGGACGAGGAUGCGGACGAGGAUGCGGACGACACGCCAGAGAACCCAGGGACCUCUGCAGAGGAUGAGACUCCAGCUGGCAGUCUGAAGGAGGUUCUGGAGCAGCUGCUGGAAGCCAUCGUCUCAUACACCGACCCCUCAGGACGCCUCAUCAGUGAACUCUUCCAGAAACUGCCUUCCAAAUUGCAAUAUCCAGACUACUAUGCUGUAAUCAAGGACCCAAUCGACUUGCGUUCCAUUGCUCAGAAAAUACAGCUGGGAUACUACAAAAGUGUCAACGCCAUGUCAAAGGACAUUGAUCUUUUGGCAAAGAAUGCCAAAGCCUACAAUGAGCCAGGGUCCCAAGUUUUCAAGGAUGCAAAUGCCAUCAAGAAAAUCUUCAUUCAAAGAAAGACUGAACUUGAGCAAGCAGAGCCCACAAAAACCAGUCUUCGCAUAAGGAACCGCAGAUCAGCUCAGGGAGAUCGCCUGUCGGCCAUCACACUCAGUCUGCAGGGCGGCUCAGAGAGCGAUGAGGACUCCAUGCUCGCAGGGUCCGUGCGCUACGAUGCCAGCGAGGCGGAGGCUGAGAGCGGGCACUCGCGCAUGUCCUCGGGCGACCCGGUCUUCAUGCUGUACCAGGCGAUCCGCGGCGCCCGCAACACGCAGGGGCAGCUCCUGGCCGAGCCCUUCCAGCAGCUGCCCUCCCGCAGGGAGUACCCGGACUACUACCAGCAGAUCAAGCAGCCCGUCUCCCUGCAGCAGAUCAGGGAGAAAAUGAAGAAUGGGGAAUAUGAGGCCGUGGAGCAGAUGGACGUGGACCUCAACCUGAUGUUUGAAAACGCCAAGCGCUACAACGUGCCCAACUCCAACAUCUACAAACGUGCCCACAGGCUGCAGCAGCUCCUCCAGAUGAAGAAGAGAGAGGUGCGUGAUGAGGAUGGAGACAGCAUGCUGUCCACCCCACCGGACACCGGCAGUGCCAAGAGGAAAAGUCAUAAGAAGAACACCAAGAAGAACCGCAUGAAGGUUCUGUAUGCAGCGGUGACUGAAGCUCGGGAGGCUGCCACCGGCCGGCGACUUUGUGACCUCUUCAUGGUCAAGCCCUCCAAGAAGGACUACCCCGACUACUACAAAGUCAUCCUGCAGCCCAUGGACAUGCGCACCAUCGAGCACAACAUCCGUACCGAGCGCUACACCAGCGAAGACGCGCUGAUCGAUGACCUGAAGCUCAUGUUCCGCAACGCCCGCCACUACAAUGAAGAGGGCUCUCAGGUGUAUAAUGAUUCGGACGUUCUGGAGAAGAUUGUGAAGGACAAGAAAAAGGAGCUGGGCCCAGUGCCAGAAGAGGAUGACAUGGGUUCUCCUAAACUGAAAUUACGCCGGAGUGCAGGAGGAGUGUCUCCUAAGAAGGCGCGCUCCCACACCACCCCCCUGCAGCACCGCCUGUCCGAGCUGUACGAGGCCGUGCGCGGCUACACGGACGCCCGCGGCCGGCGCCUCAGCACCGUCUUCCUGCGCUUGCCGUCGCGCGCCGAGCUGCCCGACUACUACGCCGCCAUCAAGCGGCCCGUGGACAUGGAGCGCAUCCGCUCGCACAUCGCCGCCGGCCGCUACCAGGACGUGGACGCCCUGGCCGAGGACUUCGCCCUCAUGUUCCACAACGCCUGCACCUACAACGAGCCCGAGUCCCUCAUCUACCGCGACGCGCUGCUGCUGCACCGCGAGCUGCUGGAGACCCGCCGGCGUCUGGAGGAGGAGGACGAGGCGGACGACGAAGGCCCAGGCAGAGGCUCCGGGGGAGCCGGCGCCGCCCCUCUGGUGCGCGAGCUCCUCCGCAACCUGUUUGUGUCCGUCAUGGGUCACCAGGACGACGAGGGCCGGUGCUACAGUGACUCGCUGGCAGAGGUGCCCGCCGUGGACCCGUCGAGGCCCGAGGAGCCGCCCCUCAGCCUGGAGCUGGUGCGUGCCAACGUGGAGCGCGGGCGCUACCGCCGUCUGGACGUCUUCCAGGAGCACGUGUUUGAGGUGCUGGAGAGGGCUCGCCGCCUCAACAGAACGGACUCGGAGAUCUUCGAGGACUCGGUGGAGCUGCAGCACUUCUUUGUGAAGAUCCGUGACGAGCUGUGCAAGAACGGAGAGAUCCUGAUGUCCCCGGCCCUCAGCUACACCUCCAAACACCUCAACGCCGACGUGGACCAGGAGAAGAGGGAGAAGCUGCCCAAAGAGAUCGAGGAGGAUCGGCUCAAGAAGGAGGAGGAGAGUAAAGAAGCGGAGAAGGUGGAGGACCCCGCUGGCCCGCGGAGCUCCUACAGCCAGGACUGCAGCUUUGACAACAGCACGUACAGCGUGGGCGACUGCGUCUAUGUGCAGCCGGCCGAGGCGAACCUGCAGCCCCACAUCGUCUGCAUCGAGAAGCUGUGGCAGAACGAAUCAGGAGAGAAGUGGCUGUAUGGCUGCUGGUUUUACAGGCCCGGCGAGACGUUCCACCUGGCCACGCGCAAGUUCGUGGAGAAGGAGGUGUUCAAGAGUGACUACUACAACAGAGUCCCCGUCAGCAAGAUCAUUGGCAAGUGCAUGGUGUUGUUUGUGAAGGAUUAUUUCAAGCUUCAGCCCGAAGGCUUCAGGCCGGAGGAUGUCUUUGUCUGUGAGUCGCGCUACACCACCAAGACCAAGUCCUUCAAGAAGAUAAAGAUGUGGACCAUGCCGGCCAGCUCGGUGAGGAUGGUCCCACGCGACGUGCCACUGCCUGUGGUCCGCGUGGCCUCCAUGUUCGUGAGCGCCUCAAAGCGGGACAACGAGAAGCUGACCGAGACGGUGGAGCAUGGCGUCGGUGGAUUCAUUGAGAAGGAAAGAGAGGAUGUUCCCAUGGAGAAUCCCAGUGGAGACCCAGGCUGCCAGUAUUAUGAUCAGCUACAUUGCAACAAGUUGUGGGUGAAGGUUGGAGACUGCGUCUUUGUUCGGUCUCAUGGGUUGGUGCGACCCAGGGUCGGAAGGAUUGAGAAGAUGUGGGUGCAAAAUGGUGCGGCUUUCUUCUUUGGGCCGAUCUUUAUUUACCCUGAGGAGACAGAACACGAGCCCACCAAGAUGUUCUACAAGAGGGAGGUGUUCCUAAGCCAGCUGGAAGAAACUUGCCCAAUGGCCUGUGUCUUGGGCAAGUGUGUGGUGUCCUCCUUCAAGGACUUCCUGUCAUGCCGGCCGACAGAGUACGCUGAGGAAGAGGUGCUGGUGUGUGAGAGCCGCUACAUCGAGAGUGAGAAGCAGAUGAAGAAGUUUAAGGGACUCAAGCGCUUCUCCCUCUCAGCCAAAGUGGUGGAGGACGAGGUCUACUACUUCAGAAAGCCAAUUGUUCCACAAAAAGAGCCGUCUCCACUUCUGAGCAAAAAGAUUGAGGAGUUGGAGGCCAAGUUUGCAGACAUGGAUGAUGCCGAUGAAGAUCUGGAUGACCUUGAUGACGAAGAGGAUGAGGAGGCCCCGGCGACCCCCUCCAUGCCCCAGAUGCACACGUCUAUAGCCAGCGACAUAGACAUGCCCUACACGCCACCACAGUCCACUCCAAAGAUAAAGGGUCUGUCCAAAAAGGAGGGUGCUAAGAGGAAGAUCAACAUGAGCGGAUACAUUCUGUUUAGCAGUGAGAUGCGUGCCGUUAUCAAGGCCCGCCACCCGGACUUCUCCUUCGGCGAGCUUAGUCGCCUGGUAGGCACGGAGUGGAGGAACCUGGAGGCGCCGAAGAAAGCCGAGUAUGAAGAGAGGGCAGCCAAGUUGGUGGAGCAGCAGGAGCGGGAGAGGGCAGCUCAGCAGCAGGCUUCCCCGAGAGAAGGUACCCCAGUGGGCAUGGUGCCUUCGCCCACAGCUAUGGGCAUGCUAAACCAGGCCAUGCCACCCAUGUCAGGCAUGAUGGGACCUUAUGGCCCGCCCUUCAUGCCCAUGCAGGGCCCUCCUCAUGAGGGCAUGAUGGGUAUGGGUAGUGUGCCACCUCAUCCCAUGGGGGUGCCCAUGUCGCUGUCCCACCAGCACCAGCUGCCACCAGGCAUGCCUGGCUACCCUGGCAUGCCACAUCCGGGCAUGAUGGGACCAGGAGUAAACGGUAUGGCUGGCAGUCCAGGCCCGGGUAACCAUUACGCUGUUCAGAUGGGUGGCUACCCAGCGGGUCAUCAGCCUCCUCCUCCAUACCCAGGCCAGGGCCAGAUGGGGCACCCUGCUCACCAGCAGCCCAGCACCCCCAUGUUUGUGGCCCCGCCACCCAAGCCCCAGCGGCUCCUGCACUCCGAGGCCUACCUCAAGUACAUCGAGGGCCUGCGGGGCGACUCAUCCACCGUCAGCAAAUGGGACCAGACGCUCAAAAGUCAAAGAAGAGACGCUCGCAUGACCAAAGAACAGGAGAGCCGUCUGCCGUCCCAUUGGCUGAAAAGCAAAGGAGCGCACACCACCAUGGCUGAUGCACUGUGGCGCCUCCGGGACCUGAUGCUACGGGACACGCUGAACAUUCGACAAGCUUAUAACCUGUAAUGCUAUUGGAGCUAACAUGGCACACAUGGGCCGGCCUCUUUUAAGCUAAAAUUCCUGACUAUGUUUGACCUUAUUUGUGAGUGGUAGUAUGUUACUAUUUGACAGGACAACAAGAUAUGUUGCAGCAAUUGUGGUACUUGUACUGAUAUGCAUUUCUCCUCCCAACCGGUGAGGAACUGUAGUUAGAGAUAUGACAGAAGUAUUUAAGUAUGUACACAAGAAUACACUGGAAUAAUGUUUACUGAGCACCUCUCCACACACCGCACAACUGUGCUGAUCAAGCAGAGUUUUCCGACAGAGCGGAUCAUUCUGCCUCCGUAAAAUCACGACACGCACACUUGUUGCUACUGAUGAGAGGUUAGCAGUUGUAAGCUUCACAGUGUUUGUUUCUCAGCUCAGGUUAUUAAAUAUUUACUGAUUAGAAUUAUGGUAUUUAUACACAAGAACUUUAGGAACAAUAUGGCUUUAAAACCACUCCACCUUAAGGGCCCACUGAUGGAACUCACUAGUUGGGAAUAACUGAAAAUACCCCCCCAGGUAUAUUUUUUAUUCUAUGAUUUUAUAUGGAAAUAAGCCUAGUUUUUUCUUCUCUGUUAUCUAUUUUUGCAUUAUGUAUGGUUGAAGCAAAAUUGUGUGAAAAUCUGCAUUAAAUUCUUGGCAUUAAAAAUGUCAUGUGAA